AUGCUAUUGUUGCUGUUGCUGUGGCUUUUGGAGGUGGCUAUUCUGGAAUGCAAUGGCGCCAUCCCAUCAAGCAAUAACACGAAAAUCGUUAUACGGCGAUUGUCGGGCAGUGCGGCUGCUCCACCUAGCAAUGGUACUACCACUGCGAUCAGGAAAAGAAUUGCUGGCGACGCGAAAACAGCUGCCAAUGCAGUCGGACGGCCAAAAGCUGCUGGUCUGGCUACCAAUAUCGGAGCCCCACCAAUCAGCUACGCGAACAAAUUAAGUGCUAUUGGUGCAACAAAGUAA